UUCAACCCACCACAAGAUAAAACGUUUCGAAGACGUACUUUGAUGAAUGUCCGAGACGGGAAGAAAAAGAAGGAGGUUGACAUUGUAAUUUAGUCUUGCCAACGGUGUAAGCCAGAGAGACCAAUAGAAAGGCAGAGAAAGAUCACAUUUUGACUUUAUAAGUGAGAACUAUCAAAGUUGCAGGUGAACUGUAGGGUGUCGGGUUGAAGGACUACCACAUUGCCACACAUAUACCUUAACAAGAGCGAGAGAACGCACGAUGGAUCGCAAAAUUCCCGAUUUUGCUGGCACUUGGAAAAUGAAAAGUUCCGAGAACUUCGAGGAGCUUCUCAAAGCAUUGGGUGUGAACGUGAUGCUGCGUAAGAUUGCGGUUGCAGCAGCAUCGAAGCCAUCUGUUGAGAUUACGCAGGAGGGAGAGACACUGUCAAUCAAAACCUCCACCUCUGUUAGGAUCACCCAUGUAACCUUCACUGUAGGACAGGAGUUUAAUGAGGCCACUGUGGAUGGACGACCUUGCACGAGCUUUCCUCGCUGGGAAACAGACAGCAAGAUUAGUUGUGAGCAGACUUUGCAAAAAGGUGAGGGUCCAAAAACCUCAUGGACAAGGGAGAUAACCAACGACGGUGAACUGAUACUGACCAUGACCGCAGACGAUGUUGUAUGCACAAGAGUUUAUGUCAGAGAGUGAAUGUAUGAGGAAAAAGGAAGAAUGUCGUACAGAUCACUCACUCUCCUCUUCAACCACAAUGACUGUGAUUUUAUAUCAUCAAUUACCUUUAUCCAUAAUCUCUUCUUUUGUGCUUUUUUGGUUGACAGUGUAUUUGAAUAAUACAUUAGAGAGCCAUGUAAAUUAAUAAUUUCAUUUCACUCCUGUUGUAAAGAAAGCAAGUUUGAGGCAAAGGUUUUUAUUAUUAUUAUUGGGCCCUGAUGGGUUAGUUAAAGGGAUGGUUCACCCAGAAAUAAAAAUUAUUUCAUCACACAAAAGAAGAAUGUAUCUUCUCUAUAAAUCCAUACAAUGAAGCACAUAAUGGCAGCAUAAAAUUAAUCCAUAUGACUCCAGUGGUUUAAUCCAUGUCUUCUGAAGCGAUAUGAUAAGUUUGGGUGAGAAAAAGAUCAAUAUUUAAGUCCUUUUUUAUUAUAUAUCUCCACUUUCACUUUCACAUACUUCUUUUGUUUUUGUCAAUUCACAUUAUUUGUGCAUAUCGCCACCUACUGGUAGAAUUUAAAAGUAAAUCAAUGAACAACUAACCUCGCUCACCUGAGAAGUAAUUGACAAGUGUGUCGGACACAAGCUGUAGCAAAGUCAAUGAAAUGGAAAUAAAUCCUGCACACUCUCCUGGCUUGCAAAGAGUAUCAAAAUGUAUUAAGCAACGUUUCGGUCACUCCACCUUAAUGCCUGACAAAGGUCGAGUGACCGAAACGUUGCUUGAUAAAUUUUGAUACUCUUUGGAAGCCAGGAUAGUGUGCGGAAUUGUUUUCCAUUUCAUAUACAUUUUUAAGUCCUUUUUUUACUAUAAAUUCUAUGUUUUUAACCCACACCUAUCAUAUCAUUUCUGAAGACAUGGAUUUAACCACUGGAGUUGUAUGGAUUACUUUUAUGCUGCCUUUAUGUGCUUUUUGGACCUUCAAAAUGUUGGUACCCAUUCACAUGCAUUGCAUGGACCUACAGGGUUUAAAUAUUCUUCUAAAAAAAUUUGUUUGUGUUCAGCAGAAGAAAGAAAGUCAUACACAUCUGGGAUGGCAUGAGGGAGAGUAAAUGAUGAGAGAAUUUUCAUUUUUGGGUGAACUAUUCCUUUAACAAAUAAAUCAGUUCAAAAGCACUUUUAAGGGUUGGUCUUCAAAUAGAUUGGCUCUUAAUUCAGGAUCAGAGCUAAAUCUAAUGCCUGGAAGCCUGCCUUUGGGAAGCCAGUGUCAUAAUCACAGUAACCCACUGAAAAAUGUAUUUUAAAAUAGCAGUAAGUGUGAGUCUGACUAUGUGUGAAAUGCAGUCUUAAAACCUUUUGUAUGUAGUUUGGUCAGUGAGUCUUUUUUUUUUUUUUCUUUACUCUUAUCAAUUGUGAUUAUAUAUCUCAAACCCCUUCCCUCCCUUUCCAUCUCUAAGGUUUUGUAUAUAUUUUACUAAAACCUGAAUCUCAGGUUUCAGAAUCUCUUUUCAUUUUGUCUUUUAUAUAAACAAAUUCAGACGUCAUUACUCAAAUCUGUGCAUGAACAAUAAAGAUUACUGCCAAGUC